AUCUCAUAAAUAUCGUAACUUCGAUUAAGAUGACUACUAGUCCAUUGUUUCGGCCAUCUUUAGAAAAUGCAGCAAACAGUCGCCGAAAAAACCUCGUCUUGAAGAUACCCAUAUCAUCAUAGCGACAGAUGCGGUUCCUACGAUGCGCAAACUUGAUCCUUCCAUGGCUGACUCCGCAGGAGCUCGCUGUCGUAUCCCCCACCUGCAAAACCUUUGCCCUCCGCCGAUCCGUUAUCUCCGCUCGGCCCCUCGAGAACCUCCCGCUCCCGUUCUCCAACGACCGUCGACGGCCACCGCUACGCGUUCUUCGUAACCCUCGUCAGGUUACACAGGAGAAGAUUUCGUUUCGUCUGAAGAUCAUCACUAGAGAUGAGAAGAAAGGUUGGUGGUUGUAUGCCUGAUCAGUUCAUCUGCGAAUUCGCAGGUACAUUCUGAUACUUGUGAAAUGAGACACCCUGUGUUGAAGUGAUGAUGUUGUGUCUGCAAAAGCUGAUAGCUUUGAUUGAUGUACGACUCAUUCCGUGAAAGAAAUCGAGUUGAAAGUGAAACUUGAGGUUAAAUUAACCAAAAGGAACACAAAUGUCAGGUUUCAGGAUUGGAAAUUUGGAAUUUGCUUCAUCCGUUGAAGAAUAUUUUUGCUGGAGUGGUUGCAUUAUUCGACGCUUAGAAGUUUAGAGAAUAAUGCAGUGCUGAACUAGGAAGUGAAUGGUAAAUGCCGGUCGUUUCUCUAAUCUGUAUUUCAUGAAAGAGUCGUGAACCUAUCUAUUGUCUUGUUGUAGCCGAAUUUGGAUGCUGUUUUCAAGCCAUAAUGUGUUGGUAUAGAAUAGAAUCCCGCUAAGGCUAUACAUCGAUGCGCUGGAUUGAACAAGAUACCGAGUUCUCUUGCUGUGUUUUCUCGGGUUGUCAACUCUUCUUGUGGUCUCAAGAUUAUCUUCCCAGCUUCAUCUAACAGUUACUAUGGCACUACCUUUGAUGUUUGUACACGACAAUGCUCGAUCUUUAUCGGGGUUUUUUGGUCUGUAAUAAGUCCAUCCAUGGGUUGGAUUUGCACUGGAGAACCACCGGGCAUAAGCAAUAUGUAUAUAGCUCACAACCCACUUGUGCUGCAUAAUGAUCCAUGUAGAGAUGUGAACAUUGCCCUUUUCAUUUCCAAGGACCUAACUCCUAGAUCUGGUCUUUUUCUGAAAAGUCUUGAGUUCUUGAAUCUUUCUUGACGUUGCAACUUGUAAAGCACUCACAUUAGAUUCAUCUUUCUGUAUAAUGAUACUCACUAAACUGUGCUUCUUGUAACGAAAGUAUCAUUGAUUACUUUGAUGCU